AUGGAGGAUGUGAAAGAAUUUUUUAAUCACGAGGUGGAUUUCCUAAUAGAUAAGGAUAAAGGAAAUGUAGGGAACAAUCUUAAGUUGAUAAAAGAGAAGUAUGAAGAGAAGUUGUUCAAGCUUCUUCAAGACAUAAAAGAAAAUCAAGAGAUGUUUUAUAGAAAUCAUAAAUAUAAGAAUAGUUCACAAGAAACCUGUGAUAAUGAUUAUAGAAAUAACAAUAUAAGUGAUGGUGAUAUAAUUAAUGAAAAAGAAGAAAAAAUAGAUGAACAAGAUGAUAAUAUAAAAAUUAAUCAUAUAAAUAUAAAUGAUAUUACUAAUAAAAGUUGUUUAGAUAAUCUACAAUUUUUUAAAAGAAAACGUCAUGAAGAUUAUAAUGAGAAUAUGGAUGAAUUAAAUAAAAGACAGAAGAACCAAGAAGAUACAAACAUGUUAUAUAUGUCAAAUGAUACUAAUGGAAAUAAGUAUUAUCCAUAUGUUGAAAAGAAAUAUAAUUAUAAUAUGAAUGAUUUUAUAAAAAGAGAUGGAAAUUACAAUUUUAUGAAUCCAAAUGAAUUUAUCUGUAAUAUUCCUUUAAAAGAAGAAUGUGAUUUAAAAAGUUUAUUUUCUUAUUUUACAGAAUCAUUAAAAAAAAAAGGUGAUCAUGAUAAUAUUUUUAAAAAGACUUAUAUUGAAUGUCUACAAAGAAAUAACAACAAACUAUUACAAGAUCCAAUAGAUGAAAAUAAUCUAUUUUUAUACAAAAGUUAUUUUUAUAAAAUAAAAAAAGUCUUUUCUUUAUUUUAUUUUGAUUUUUUUGUAUCUAUAAUCAAUGAGAAUAUCUCUUCAGAGGAAGGUAUGGAUUUUCUUAUUAACGACUUGUUUUCUCUAAAUGAGAAAUUUUUUAAGAAUUUAAUAUAUAUCUUGAAAAGGGGCCCUCCAAAUCAUACCAACAAUAAAAAUAAUACCAACAAUAAAAAUAAUACCAACAAUAAAAAUAAUACCAACAAUAUAAAUAAUACCAACGAUAAAAAUAAUACCAACGAUAAUAAUGAUAAUAACAACAAUAAAAAUAAUACCAACGAUAAUGAUAAUAAUAACAACGAUAAAAAUAAUACCAACGAUAAUAAUAACAACUAUUGUGAUGCUCUUUUAAGAUGUGACGAAAAGACUCCCAAUCAUUAUAAUAACCAUAUAGAUAAUUAUAACAUAAAUAAAAAUGUCGUAUCUAAUUAUAAUACAGACAAUGCGAAUGAUAUACAUUCUUUACAAAUGGAGGAUCAGGGAAAUCAUAUGAACUCACAAGAAUUAUAUAAUGAUAAUGUAAUUUCUUUUUAUAAUAACAAUGUUUUAAAAGAAAAGUAUUUAAUUAUACCGUUCAAAGAAAUUAUAUUAAACAGCCUACAUUAUUUAAUAGAAAUUAUUGAUCAUAUUAAAGAAGAAAAAAAAGAGAAAUAUAAUAAAUAUAAAGAUAUUAUAGUUUAUUGUAUUAAAUUUUUAAAAGAUAAAAAUAUAAUUUCUUAUAAAGAAGCAGCCACUAUUAUAGAAUGUAAAAAUAUUGAUAAAUUAAAUUUAUUUAAUAAAGAAUUAUAUAAACUUAUAACUAAAUUAAAAACAAAAAAUAUGUAUAGUAUAUCUAUAUAUAAUCUUAUAAAUGAAAAUAUUAAUGGAUACGGAAAAAUUAUUUUACUUCUACAAAAUUUCUUUACAAAUGAUCGUACCAAAAUAAAAGAAAACAAUAACCCAAAACAAAAAAAAAAAAAAAAAAAUUUUAAGAAAAUUAUUAACAAAAUGGUAAUUCAAUAUGAUGAAAAAAUGCAAAUCCAGCAUUUGAAUAAAAGCUCGAAGGUAGAAGAAUUAAAUAUAAAAAAUAAAAAUAAUAGUAUAAAUAAAAAUAAUAGUAUAAAUAAAAAUAAUAGUAUAAAUAAAAAUAAUAGUAUAAUUAAAAAUAAUAGUAUAAAUAAAAAUAAUAGUAUAAAUAAAAAUAAUAGUAUAAAUAAAAAUAAUAGUAUAAAUAAAAAUAAUAGUAUAAAUAAAAAUAAUAGUAUAAAUAAAAAUAAUAAUAUAAAUAAAAAUAAUAAUAUAAAUAAAAAUAAUAAUAUAAAUAAUAAUUAUUGUGAAAUGAAAAAAUUAUGGAAAACACAUUUCAAUUGUUACUAUUGUAAUGAUUUAAUAAAUUUAAAAAAUGAUAUUUUCUUUAUUUCUGGUUUACAUAAUUUAUGUCCUCGAAGAAUUUUGUCCAUACUCUUAUUUUUUUAUGAACAAAAUAUUGAAAGUGAAAAACAACUUCUUCCAUUGUUUUUUUUAUAUUCAAAGGAAUUAAUAACUGAUGUAAUUAUCCUAGAAUUAAAAAUUCGAAAUAACUAUAUCACUGAAUUAUACAAAGAAGAUCUGAACAAAUUAAGAAAUAUGAAUGUGAAGAAUGAAGAGAAUGAAAAUAAGAGCACGGGUAUUCAAAUAAACGAAAAUAAUAACACAUCUAAUGAGUAUAAUAUAAGCAAUAGUAAUAAUAUGAACCAUACAAGUAACAACAUCAACAACAUGAACAAUAACAUGAACAAUAACAUGAACAAUAACAUGAACAACAACAUCAACAAUAACAUGAACAACAACAAUAACAACAGCAACAACAAUAAUAAUAAUAACAUUAAUUUGGUUACCUCAUCAAAUAACCCAAACGUUACUUCUAACAAUAAUUGUAUUUUUAUGUUUACAGAAAAUAACUUCUUUACACAAAACUACUUUAAGAUGUGCUCUAUUUUAAUUCUUAACGAUUUAUUAAAUUUCGAAAUUUUCUAUGCUCAUUUAUGUCCAAAUGAUGUAUUAUUAAAAAAUAUGUUUGAAGAAUUAUAUGAAAAAUAUUACAUUGAUUAUGAUAAUUCAAGUUCUGAUAAGGUCUCUUCAUUGUUUUAUAAUUAUAUACCGUUCGAUAUAAAUAACUUGUAUAAUAUAUAUGAAAAUGUAAAAAAUUAUACAACUCAAUCGAAGGAAGUAGUGAAGAGGAAGGCUUCAUCUACUCUUACGAGCUCGAUAAAUAAUGUGAAUAAUAUAAAUAAUGUGAAUAAUAUAAAUAAUGUGAAUAAUAUAAAUAAUGUGAAUAAUCCAAAUAGUGUGAAUAAUCCAAAUAGUGUGAAUAAUACAAAUAAAUUUAAUAAUUAUAUUCAUAAUAGUUACUUUAGUCCUUCUUUAGAGAAAGAAUAUAAACAAGUUACAUUCUCUUCAUCUUUCAAAGAAUCAUUAGUUAAAAAGAAUAAUCCUAAAUAUAAAUUUUUAAAUAAUUGUAAAAGUUCAACACACAUUCUGGAAGAAUCGAAUCCUAUAUAUUUAUAUGAUCAUAUUGUAAGCUUCUUAUUAAAUACACAAGAUAAGGAAUUAAAAAAAAAAUAUGAUGAUAUUCAAUGUUUAAAUAGUAAAGAUGCCAUAGAAUAUUAUAUGUAUGAUAUAAUUAAUAACAAAUGGAAUACAUUUGAUAAUUUUAUUAAAAAUUAUAUAGACAGAGAAAUAAAACUAAGAAUAGAAAAUAUAAAUUCAAAUUAUAAAACGUAUCCUGAAUUUUUUAAUUAUUUAUAUCUAGAAUCUGAUCCUUAUCAUUUAAUAUUAGGUAGAUUAUUUUUUAUGAAAAAUUCAAAGUUUUUGUUUCUAUCAGCAUUAAUACAAUUAAAUGCAUGGGGAUUAGUAAAUACUAUAAUUAAACAUAUGGAAACAUAUAAAUGUAAUCCCUAUUUAAAUUAUUAUGUACAUUCGGCCUUCACAAAAUUAAUUAAUUAUAUUAUUGUCGACUUUGAGAAAAAAUAUGUUCAGGAUAUAAUAAAUAAGAGCAGCUCAUCGCGCAACGCAAAAAAUAAAAUGAAAAGGAUUCAUCUGGAGGAAAAAAAAAAUAUAAAUAAUGAAAGUAAAAAUGAAAGUAAAAGUAAAAGUAAAAGCAAAAAUGAUAACCAUAAUGAUAACCAUAAUGAUAAACAUAAUGAUAACCAUAAUGAUGAUAAUAAUAAUAAUAAUAAUAAUAAUAAUCAUUCUUUUAAACCUCCCUGCCUUUUUUGUAAUAUUAAUUUAUGCGGAUCGGUACUUUGCAGCUAUAAGUCCAUUGAAGUUAUUAAGAAGAAUAAGAAAUAUAUCGAAUCAUUGUUUAAAAAUGAAAAUAAAAUAAAAAGAAAAAAAAAAAUUAUAAGAAAUUUAUUAAAAAGGAAACAUAAAUAUUUAUACAAAAAUUUAAAGGAAGAAAAAUUAAUCAAUGUAAAAAAGCACAAUAUGAAUAAUUAUACAUAUAAUAAUAUAAAAAAGGAAACUAUGAAUAUGAAUUAUUUUAUAAAAUCCUUAAUGAAUAUAUUUGAAUUUCCAGAGUCAUGCAAGUUGUACUCUGAUGAGGAAAUUAUAAAAAAUAAAAAAAUAAAACGACAUUUUAAAAAAAGUAUAGAUCAGUGUGCACAAAAAAGGAAAGAAAUAUGUGAUACAAAAGAUAACUGUAUUUAUUUAUUAAAAAAAAAAAAAUCAAAAUGUGAUGAUGAUAAUAAUAAUAAUAAUAAUUAUUAUUAUUAUUAUUUAAGAAAGAUAAAAGAUAUAGAAGUAUUUAUGGAAUAUAUAUUAAUAUUUUUACAAUACCUUGGGUAUUUUGGAUAUAUAUAUAAAUCCUUAUUAAGAAGAAUUCUUCGUAUUUUAUUUUUUUAUGUAAACAGCGUGAUUAAUUCGAAUGAUUCGCAAAAGAAAUUACAUCCAAACUUUGAAAAAUUAUUUAUAAAAUACCUUUUUUUUGUUAUUAUAAAUGAUGAUGAUGAUGAUGAUGAUGAUAAUGAAGAAAACAAAAGUAUUAAUGAUGAUAUAUGGAAUAUAUUGAAAUUGUUGCCUGCGUCGGAUAGAUAUAAAUUAUACUUUAAGUUUUUUGAUAAAUUACAAAAGGGUAGAAAAGAUUUGAGUAAAUUGAAAAACUUGAAAAAUUUCGAAAUAAAAUGUAAAGUUAAUACAAACGAUGAAAUAAAUAAGAAUACGUGUAUAGGAAAUAAUUUAAGUCUAAACGUAAAUUUUAAUGAUUCCCCUGUUAAAGAUAACUAUGACAACAAAAAUGUGAAUCAUAAUAAUAAUAAUAAUAAUAAUAAUAAUAAUAAUGCUAUUGGUAGUAGUAGUAGUAAUAAUCUUAAUGAUUAUAGUAAAAAAUUAUUCAAACUUGCUUAUGAACAUAAGAAUUGUAUUAUUACCUUAUCAUAUAUAAAUUUUGAAAUUAUAAAAAGUAAGUUGAGAAAAAUUAUCAAAAGAAUAACUUCUGAUAUAUUAAAAGAUAGAUAUAAUCCCAAAGUAGAAAGUAUGCUCUGUGAAUUUACCAAAUUAAUUAAUAGAAAUCCAUUUGAUUGUUCAGAUAUAAUAUUACAACAAUGUGAAUUAUUUGAUAAUAAUAUGAUUAUAACAUUAUCUGAAUCUAUUAAAAAUAUACAUCACUUUUCUUGUGAUAUUUUUUUAUAUAAAAUUUUAGAAAGACAACAAUUAUUAAAUGUUCAUAAUUACCAAUUAAAUAAACAAUAUAAUAAUAUAAAUAAUUUAGAACUUAUUGAUGAUUCUAUUUUUAAACCAAAAAAAUUAAUUAAUUUAUCAUUAGUAGCAGCGAAAUUUUUAUGUAAACAUCCUUCUGUUAAUUUUUAUCCUUUGCUUAUCUCUAUAUUUAAUAGAAUCUUUUCAGAAUUACAUACUUCUCAUCAUGUAUAUCUAAAAAACAAAUCAUAUGUACCUAACCAAUUAUUAUUAUUAUUAUUAUUAAAAAAUUGUGAACACAAAUUACAAAAAUGUACAUCCAUCUCUUCACAGUGUGACAAUAUGAAAAAGGAAAAUAUCAAAAAGGAAAAUAUUAAAAAUGAUGACAAUGUUAAUAAUAAUGACAAUGUUAAUAAUAAUGACAAUGUUAAUAAUAAUGACAAUGUUAAUAAUAAUGACAAUGGUAAUAAUAAUGACAAUGGUAAUAAUAAUGACAAUGUUAAUAAUAAUGAGAAUUAUUAUUAUUAUUAUUAUUAUUAUAAUGUGAUGGAUACAAACAUUCAUAUACCAAACAACAUUAACCAAACAAAUAAUUUAUCAAAUGCAAUUAAACAAAAUGAUCUACAUUUUUAUGAUAAUAAUUUCACCAUUAAUGAUACACAAAAUGUAUUAACACAUCAUAAUAAUCAAAAUGAAGAUACACUUAUAAAAUAUAUUAAUAUAUAUCCUAAUGAAUAUAUCAAUCCAUAUGAUUUAAUAAAUAACGAACAAGAAUAUGAUCAAUAUGAAGAAAAUAAAAAAAAAAAUAUAAUCGAAGAACCUAUGUUAUUAAGUGGUCUUAAUAAAAAAUAUCCAGAUAUAAUGACUGGAUAUUUUUUUGAUUUGGAUUAUAUACAAAAACUAAUAGAAAUAUAUGCAGGUACUAAUGCUUCUGUAGAUGUACAAGAAUUAAAUGAAGAUCAAUUAAAUGCUCAAUGUGGACUCAAAUUAAUUAAAGAAGAAAUUAUGAUAUUACAAGAAAAUUUUAAUUUAAAAAUUAAUAAUACUGAAUAUGAAUAUAUACAACAAAUUGAACAAGAAGAACAAAAAUUAAAAAAUGCAUGCAUUAAAAAUGCUAUACAUAUAUUCUUAAAUCCAAAUUAUAUUUAUUUAAUAUUUUUUAUUCUCUCAAAAAUUAAAUAUGAAUAUUUAUUUGAUAGUAAUACAAAUAAUCUAAGAAAUCUAUCCGCAAUGGUAGAUAAAAUACAUAUAGUCUUGUUACAGUUUGUUGAAUUCUUACAAACUAAUAUUAUACCAUCUCUCUAUUUCAAAUAUAUACCUAAUAUAUUACACAUCUUUCAAUUUUUUGAUAUAUCUCAAUCAUUCCAUAUAGCUAGAUUUGCCUUCCCCUUUUUUAAGCAAUCGAAACAAAACGAAAAACAGGUGCACAACAAAAAUGAAAAUGAAAAUGAAAAAAAUAAUAAUAAUAAUAAUAAUAAUAAUAAUAAUGACACCUCUGUCGUCAAGAAAGAUAUAACGUCUACGAUUAAGGUGGUUCAUGCAGACGCGUCUCUUAAGGAAGAAGGAAAUUUAAACAUCUUGAAAGAAACCAAUCCAAAAAGUGAUAACCAUCAUAAUAUUCACAGUGAAAAUAGUAUCCACCAACAUUCAUGUAACAUACCUGAUGAUGAAAUGGUUAAGGCACUUAAAAAAUACGAUGAUCCAAAUUUCCAUCACGUAAACGAAUUUUUGUGGAAAAUGUUCUUAAUGCCCAUAGUCGAUAAAUAUUUAAAAGAAGAAGAAUUGAACGGUAUAAACAUCAAUUUUUAUCUUACAUAUUGGAGAUUAAGUAUAUCAGAUAUUUAUGUUCCACAUAAGCAAUAUCAAAAAGUAUUAGAUAAAUAUGAAAAUUAUAUAAAAAAAUUAGAAAAAUAUUAUGAAGAAAAUAAAAAAAAUGAAGAAUAUAAAUGGAUUCCUAAACAAAUAAAAAAAUUAAAUAUAAAAAAAAAUAAUUUAAAAAAUGAAUAUGAAUAUCAUAUAAAUCAUACAAAACAAAUUAAACAAUAUUUAGCACAUAUUGUUGAUCAUUGGGUAGAUCCACAAAAAGUUAGUUUAAAUACAUUUGUAGCUUUUAUAAAAUGUCUAAUAGCACCCAGGAUUUUAAACAGUGAAAAAGAUUCAUUAUUCUGUUCCAAAUUUAUACAAAUAUUACUAGAACUACAUACACCCUUAUUUAAUCUAUGCACAUUAGUAUAUAUAUUUACGAAAAUGUUAAUGCCAUUAAUUAAUGCAUGUACAGAAAAAGAAGCACUAAACAUAGGAAUUUUUUUCAAUGAUUUCUUUUCAUAUAUAUACCUAUUAUGUGAAGAUAUUAAAUAUUUUCAAAAUGUAUCAAAUCAAAAUCCUUGUUUUAGUUACACUCUUAAUUUUCAAUCAAAAGAUACAAUUACUCAUAACAAUAUUAUACAAAAAGUUCUGAAAUGGGAAAAAACUAUCCUCUCAUUAUUAUUUGAAAAUAAUAAUUUUGAAAAAUCAUGGAUUAAUUCAAAAUCGGUUGUUAUCUUCUUAUUUAGAUUUUUAAAUACCUUCCCAUAUUCACCUAAAAUCAAAAAUUCUAUAAAAACAUAUCUCGAAAACUUACAAAAUUUUGCAAAUAACCAAGGUUGGAAGGAUAUUGUCAUAUCAAUUAAUAGUUUGAAGACAAUCAUGGAGAAAAACAGAAAAAGUUGCGUUGGUGAAAAAAAGGAUGUGCCAGUAAAAAGUCAAGAAACUAAGCAAAGCACUUCAAGAACAAGCGUACAUAAUGUUAAUGCAGACGUGAAUGUUACAAUGAAUCCUUUCAAUAAUUCUACGCCUGUCCAUAUUCCAUCCAAUCCACCAUUUGCUCCAAUGCCCAAAAAUAUUUAUAAUCCAAAUGUUUAUCCAAUAGUACAAAAUCCUAUUAAUCCUCCACCGAAACCAUAUAUGAAGGAUAACAAUUAUAACAACAAAGUACCCCCUCCACAGGAACCUAAUAAUUUAA